UACGCUUUUCCGACGCUGCUGUCGUCCUCGGAUGGUGAUGAGCCCACUUCUUCUUCUUUCGAGACCGCUUUCACAAAUGCCGACUCUGAGGUUUACACACACAUUUUCUACCUCCGGACCCCUGCGUCUGAGAUUCUGAAGCGGUGCACAAAAGACGCAGAAACGGGGAAGCGAGUGCGAAAGGUACUACUCGCAGGUGAAACGGUAUCGCAAGAAAAAAGUGUUACAGUUACACAUUGUGUUGCAAGACCGGCAACACAGACAAGCUUUCUCAUGCAGGAAAUGCUUGGGAGCCUCGUUUCCUUCCUGUUUUCCCUUAUGAUGUUCGCAUUACAAGUUUUCUCUGCCACACAGAGAAGAUUUGUGAUGCAGAAACUCCAACAAAUGUGUAGUAACUCUAAGACUUUUUUCUCAUGAUGAACGGAGAUGGUGGACGCUUGGAUGGCCUUCGAGGAAGC